AUGACCAUCACCGCUGCCAGCACCAGCAAAUGGGUAUGGCGGCCAAGAUGGACCGGGUGGACGUCGACUUCGACGUGUCGUCCAACUUUCUGCCAUCGUGAGGUUCACGACGACUGCGAAAUCGCUGACCCACCACCCGCCGGCCAUCCACGGCCGGUGCGCCGACGUGCAAGGCAGCAGUCGUCGUUCGGGCCGUCCAAGUUCGCGCUUGCGAUCAUCACUAUGUUGAUGAUAUUGACCACCGCGAUCGAGGACGUCCGGGCACUGGGAUUUUUCGAGCUGCAAAUACUGGAGAUCGAAAAUUACCGCGGCCAACUGGCUACCGGUGAGUGUUGUGGCAGCGAUUCCUCGUCGUCCGCCCAACAGCAAUCGUCAUCGGCACAGCGCAACACGCUGCAGUGUACCGGCGCACCGCAGUGCAACACCCUAUUCCAGGUGUGCUUGCGCGAGUACCAGAGCCGACAACAGCAGCAGCAGCAGCAGCCACCGGGUGGGUCUUCCUCGUCCGUGUUGGCCGGCGGCAGGGUGGUCAUUGGCGAAGACGAUUCGUCGUCCACGGGUUCCAAUCACCACCAAAUACCCAACUCGCACCUGCACCACUGCUCCUUCGGUAAUGUCACCAGCCCCGUCCUCGGCGGAAAUUCGUUUACGCUUGGCGGUGACGCCGCGGCCGCAGUGCCGGACACCAUUUCACCCGCGGAAGUUAACAGCCGUGGUGCAGCCGGCGGCAACCUCGCAUUACAGUUUACCUUCAGCUGGACCGUUAGUAUUAUUUUACUUUUUAUAUUUAUUUAUUUAUAA